AUGGGCAUGCAAGGCCCGCUAACCGCCCAAGCUUUGGGCCGGUCGCCGUAUGACGACGUUUUAGAGGGUGAAGGUCCAGAAGAUCCUCGUCAUCCACCACAGCAAUAUGAUCAAAGAGGGCGUCCUGUCAACCCGGAUACCAAGAGAAUCAACCGCGAGAUUGUGAGAUCACAUAAUGAGGUCAUGCUGGUGAUUGGUGUCGCAGAGCCAGAAAACCCAAAUAAAAGCCCAGAAGCAGAAUCGCAAAGGAGACAUGAUGCGCACGAAGAAGAAAUCGGUCGACAGCUUGAUUCCCACGCCAGACGCGCCAUGGAAAUGGUUGGGCUCUUUGGUAUACACGGCCUUCGCCAGCGCAUCUUGAUAUAUCGCGAAUAUUCCAAAAUUCCGUAUUGGCAUCUUUGGCAGAGAAAGAAUGAGUUCUCGUGGAAAAGAGAUGUAAUUCCUGGUGCAGCCGCCGGGCUGUUCACUAAUUAUGUAGACCGCGCCUUGUUUCGAGUAUGGCUCGGUGAUAGAGAAAGGGUUAUGGCGCGUCGCAUCCUUCUUGAUAUCUGGUCAUAUUUUCGAACCCACCUAAAGUACUUUGCAUCAAUGCAGCGACUUGGCCUGAUUCCAGCUGACCGGUGGCUUCCGCGCCCGUCAUACUUCAUACCAUUCACGGAAGACUCACCAAUUCCAGCACCACCACCACUGGAAGGUUUUGAUCCUCUCUCUUUGCUCCGUUGGAGCGGGCGCGUCGUCGUCAAUGCGACCCCCUUUCUGGUUUGGGUCAUGGUCCUCCGGGUCGCUAGAGAUCUGCAGCCCGAAGUUUGGUCACAAAUUUUUAACAGGCUUCCAAGUACUGCUUUUCGAGGCCGUAGAAUACCUCCGCCACCUGCACCGCCUACUCCACCUCCAGAAGAGGCGCCUAUACUUCUGCCUGACGAAACGAUACAUGAACAACUGCUAGAAGAUGCGCCCUUGGUACUCGACGAACAGGAGGCCGACGUAGACCUACCACCUACUGAGCAUCACGAGGCUCAUGUAGAGUCGUACAUGAAUCGAGAAGAUGAAUAUGCGACAGACGAAGAUGAGAAUGAGCGAGUCAACACCACGCUGAUUAGUUUCGAUGUCGAAGCCACUGAAGCUAGCCCAGACGCGCCACCUGGGCUAUGGUCCGCUGAAUUGCGCCCUAGUCAAGCGACCGACGCGAGAGGCGAUGCCCAGCCAGUUUACCUGGACACUCUGUUGACGCAGCUACCUGCGCUAUUGGCCGCCAACAUAUUCACAGAUACGAGCCUUAGGUUGAUGAUGGCAGCAUACGAAGCGACAGCAUUAAGGCUCAUGGCACGCUGCCACAGACUGCGGUAUGGCCUGCCAUGCGACGACAUAUAUGCGCCCAAUGUCCUGACCGAUUUGUCUUGGCGAGCCGUCACCAACCUGCUUGGCGCGGAAUUGCUGCAUAUCACCAUUUCUGGCGAGAUUUGGGCGGUCUUCACUGGGCUGGCGCAGUAUUUCCACACGUCUGAUAAAGAGUGGAAAGAAGCCGAAGCCAAGAAGCUAGAAGAUGAGCCGGCGCAAGACACUGCAGCUCCUGUACUAUAA